AUAAAAUUCUUCUUCUUUUCGGAUCAUGGCGAAAGGAGAAAAUAUGUAAACAAUAACAUAACCUCAAUCAAAUUUGCAUUAUUAUUAUUCAAAUUUUUUUAAAUUUUAGACCUUUUAGACUAUUGAUAAUGUAAAGAGUAUUAUUGUUGACUGGUGGGGUCAGAACAGUCUCAUUUUUAUUGUUUAAAUUACAACAACUUUCAUUUGUAUAUUAUAAAAUCAAUGACUUAAGAGGAUUAUAUGACACUUUACCAAAGGGGUAAAGGUAUACUUAUUACAUUAAAAUGUUUAGUCCAAGGAGACUGCAGAUUAUAUAUAAACAUGUUUAUAAAUUCAGGUCGAUUUCAACUACUGUCCUUAGGAAAUUUAACGAUAUAUCAAAUGAGUAUGUGGAGGAUAUACUUGAAACUGAGAGUGAAUAUAACAAGGAAGUGGACAAUUUUAUGAGCGUUAAAGAUAUCCAUAACUGUGUGAUAAUACAACCAUAUGUAAAAUGGGGCCCUCGCAAACUAUCAGUUACUCCAGAGGAACAAUUAGAAGAAGCAGUAGCACUCGUAAAAACUUUGCCAUCCUGGAAAGUCGUUAAUACCAUAACCGUACCUCUAGAGUCUCUGGAUUCAAAAAGUCUAUUUAAAUCAGGAAAUAUGGACAAACUGUCUAAGAUGGUCAGAAAAGAUCCUGAAAUAUCAGCAGUUUUCGUCAAUACUAGUAAUUUAAAAACUGUAACCUCUACGAUAUUGCAGGAAAACUUUAGGCUGCCGAUUUUGGACCGCUACAGAAUAGUAAUGCAGAUUUUAAAGAUACAUGCUACUAGUAAAUACGCAAAACUCCAAGUCGCUUUAGCCGAAUUGUAUUUUAUUCGAAGAAAAGCUGAAAGCAACCAAGUAUUUGUUACGCAUGACCGCGAAACUUUAAAAUUGAUGUUUCAAAAUAGGGAGCAAAAAUUAAAAAAAGCUAUCAAGGGCCUCAGGGACCAAAGGAAACUGUUACGGAGUAAGAGGCGCAAACUUGAUUAUCCGGUUGUUGCUGUAGUGGGCUACACGAAUGCAGGUAAAACAUGCUUAAUCAAGGCACUGACUGGGGAAGAUUCUUUAAAACCGAGGGAUCAAUUGUUCGCUACUCUAGACGUUACUGUUCACAGUGGAAUUUUACCUUCUGGUUUGGAAGUUUUAUAUGUAGAUACUGUGGGAUUCUUGUCGGAUAUACCUACGGAUCUCAUCGAAUGUUUUAUUGCUACAUUAGAGGAUGCCAUUUUAGCCGAUUUAAUUCUGCAUGUAGAAGAUCUGUCAAGUUCUUGUUUUGAAUAUAAAAGGGACCAUGUUCUGAAAACACUUCAACAAUUAGGAAAGGAUACAGAAAGUGAUAUCACAAACAAAAUAAUGACUGUAGGGAACAAAUGUGAUCUUGUUGAAGAUGUAAAAGAUGACCGGACUUUACCAAUAUCUGCUAAAUUAGGAAUAGGUUUAGAUGAACUAAGAUUUAACAUUGAGAAAGCAAUAAUGAAGGCAACAGGCAGACGUUACAUUACAAUAAAGGUUCCCAAUGGAGGGGAAGAAAUAAGGUGGUUAUAUAAAGAAGCUACAGUAGUAUCUCAACAUCCUGACGAAACAAAUCCUCAAGUAAUGAAAACAAAUGUAAUUAUCACCGAAAUGAAAUUAAAUAAGUUCAAACAUAUUUUUCUGUCAAGACCUAAAUAAUAUAUUAUUUACUAUAUAAGGUAUAAAUUGUAUUUAAAACCCCUAUUGAUAACUAGAAUAUUUAAAUAUAAUAUAAUUAUGUUACCAACA